UCUGUUCCAAUGGAAACAGGUGGGAGCCGCGGACUCCUCCAAUCACGCCCUCCCUCCGUGAGUCCGCGGCAGGAGGCAGGACCCAACCAACUUCCACACUGACCACGGGAAAAGUCGGGAAAACACAUCUGCCCCCGCAUGUCGCUGUUCCGGCUGGCCCGUGUGUGAGUGUUUAAACGGUGAAUAUUAGCAGGGCAGCACAGCAGCUCGCCGGAGCGCCAGUGAAGGAGUUGCCGCCACUUGGCCGCUGUUGACGGCGGCGUAGCAGCGUAGCAAUGCUGGAGCGGUUCGCUGCCGUGGAGAACAUGAACUAACCGGACUUGGAAUUGUUCCUGCCUUGGAUUACUUGCCUGUUAAACCGACGCGGUUCGUUUUCUGUUGACUUUCGCUUGGUUCCGCUGGUAGCGUGGAGUAGGAAAUACUUUAAAAAAUGCCUGGAAAAACCAAGUACAACCUCGUUGAUGAUGGACACGAUUUGAGGAUCCCGUUGCACAACGAGGAAGCGUUCCAACAUGGGAUCAACUUCGAGGCGAAGUACAUCGGCAGUCUGGAUGUGGCGCGGCCGAGCAGCCGAGUGGAGAUUGUGGCUGCGAUGCGGAGAAUACGGUAUGAGUUCAAGGUGAAAAACAUCAAGAAGAAAAAAGUCAACAUCGUGGUGUCUGUAGACGGCGUGAAAGUCAACCUGAGGAAAAAGAAAAAAAAGAAGGAGUGGACGUGGGACGAGAGCAAGAUGCUGGUGAUGCAGGAUCCCAUUUACAGGAUAUUCUAUGUGUCUCACGACUCCCAGGAUCUGAAGAUUUUCAGCUACAUCGCCAGAGAUGGACAGAGUAACGUGUUCCGCUGCAACGUCUUCAAGUCCAAGAAGAAGAGUCAGGCCAUGCGUAUUGUUCGGACGGUCGGCCAGGCCUUUGAGGUUUGUCAUAAGCUGAGUCUGCAGCACACGCAGCAGAACGCAGAUGGACAGGAGGACUGCCACAGCAACAAGAACGGCAACGACUCCUCCGUCACAGCUCGGGAGCUAACGGGCGCGGAGAAGACGGCAUCCGUCACCGAGGAGACGGAUAUCGACGCAGAGGAGGUGAACCAGGUGACGGCGGCGGAGGAAUCGAGCCUCAACAGAGGAGUGACCGAUCUGGACGCCACAGCGAAGACGGCCGACCUGAACCCCCCAGAGGGAAAGGCUUCAGAGGAGGCCUCCCUGCUGAUGUCCAGCCCCAGGAUGCUGCUCCCUGCGUUGGGCACGCUGCCGCCGGGAGCCCCCCUGUCUGUCCACCACCAGAUCCAGCUGCUGCAACAGCAGCUCCAGCAGCAGCAGCAGCAGACACAGGUGGCCGUGGCACAGGUCCACCUGUUGAAGGACCAGCUGAGUGCGGAGGCCACGGCUCGGCUGGAGGCCCAGGCUCGAGUCCACCAGCUACUGCUGCAGAACAAAGACCUGCUGCAGCACAUCUCGCUGCUGGUUAAACAGAUCCAGGAACUCGAGACCAAGAUGUGUGGACCAAACUCCAUGGGAUCUCAGGACAGUUUGCUGGAGAUCACCUUCCGGUCUACAGUACCUUCAGUGAUCUGCGACCCCACGACGCCUAAACCUGAGUUGUCCGCCAUCAACCUGCCCGCGCUUGGCUCCUCCGACCCGGCCAGCAACGCCUUCUCAUCUUCCAACGGGAAUCUGGGAAGCCCUCUAGUUGAUCAAAGUAUGUUUGAGAACUCCGUUGCCCAGCAGCAGAGUCCUCAGACCUCCAGGCCGGGCCAGACUUCGGCCCGACGCUCCCAGGCAUCAGCUAAUCCCAACCUGGGAUCCAGCUGCGUCGACUCUCCAUCGUCUGGAGGACAACAGAGGCUGAAAAACGCCAUUAAUCUGGGCAAGGCCGUCGGCGCAAAGGUCAAUGACUUGUUAAGAAGAAAAGAGUCCAGCCAUCUCGGGGACAUUGGGGUCACUGAGGUCAACAAGAACGUUGGUGUCGUGUGGAGCUGCAUGGAGCAACUCAGUCAGACCACAGGAAACAGUCACAUCUCCUCCUUCGACGCCUUCCCUCGACUCGACCCGCCACCCCCGUCGGGGAAGAAGCGCCUCCCGCGGGCGCUGAAGACCACCCAGGACAUGAUGAUCUCAUCCGACCCUGUGGUCUCCUCUCCGGACGCUGCCGACUCCUCCGCCCUCCUCUCUUCUCCUGACAAGACGCCCCUCAGCGCCAAGGAGCAGCUGAGGAGCAACGAGGAGCAGCAGCAGGGCGAGAAAGAGGAAGAGGAGUCAGAGGAGGUCGCGUUGCCGUUGGACCCGGCAGAGGAGAAAGCCGCUCCCGAUCAGGAGACGGCAGGAGGCAACGGCACAGCCGACGGAGCGACAGAAGGAGAAGAAGGUGCCGUGGAAAACGGGCGCACUGAAGGAGGCGAGGAGGAACAUCAGCCGCAGCUCCAGCUCUCUGUACCAGACCUCAUCAACAAAGAUCCCCCCCAGCUGGAGCCCAGAGCUAAGCCCUGCGACGUCUGGCAGAAGGCGUCAGGGCCGGACUCCCGGCUGGCCUCCACGCCCUGCUCAGGGAAAGCUCCCUGCCGCAUCAGCCUGGGCGAGGAGGUCCUGCUGGGGAACGGCGGCCCCUGCAGUAAGGGCCCCGAGGUGAGUCCUGAGGACUCGGAGCCCCACCCAGACCUGCUGUCGUUUGAGUAAGGAGCAGAUAACAGUUCUAAUAAAAGUUUGGGACUCUCUGUCCUCAUUUUGACUCCAGAGGUGAUUCAAGCAGACAGCAUUAAGUGCUGCAAAUCAAAUAUUCACUGCCACUUUUAAAUAUUGAACUCAUCACUGCUCCAGGGUCUGCUGGAGGAAAAGGGAACGAGUGCUUCAAGGAACCAGGGCAGGGGCCCGAUCUCAUGCUUUUUAACUUUUCAGCAACUUUUUAGAUGAGUUUAAGGGUCGCAGUGAUGCAGUGAGGCCCUCCAGUAUGGCCGACCUCACGUCAGACGAACUGCUGGUGAGGAGUCUUUUCAGCUACACAAUUACUGAGGAGUAUAACUUCAUCACAGUGUACCUACUCUGUUUCAGCUCUUACAACAUGUCACAUCUGCUUUAGAUUACCACUUAAUGUAGUGACGAAUGUGAUUAAUGCAGUGAAAUAUCCCUUUAAAUGGGCUGAAAAUGAAAAAGUCCUGUUGGCGAGCAUGAAUUUCAUCCAUUUUUUUAUUUUCCCUCAUAUCUCUGGGCUGUACUUUACUCAGCAGUGUUUAUUUCUUUUGUUAUGGAGUCUUUAAUUUCAAGAGCCCUUUUUGACGUUUUUAAAACCUUUUAAAGGGACGUUCGUUCCAUGACGAUAAAUCCAUGUUACACAAAAGCUGCUAUAAUGAAACUGAUGCUCAUCUGAGUUAUAGAGCAGUUAAGGUUUAUAUCCAGUAGAAUUACUGUAACUGAGUUUUGGCAGAGUCUUUGUCAGUGUAAUUGUAUUUCCAGUAUGAAACUUCUAAGAACCGAAAGAAAGAGUUGGAGGACGAAACGGGAGGACGAGGCUGAACGCAUGUGGACGUGUUUGAGAUGGAAACGUUUUGGGAGGAGGAGGUCACUCUCAGUUCAGUCAGUACAAAAUGUCAAGCGGUUUGUGACCGGGACUGGAAGCCUUUUGACCCUCACCUUCAUCCAUAUUAAAUUCCUUCAGACCCCUUUUGGGCCAGUGGGACAUCAAGUUGUCAAGUUAUCCCCUCCUGCAGCCUCCUUUGGCACAGAUUGUUGCUCUGAGAAGUGACCUUUGAAAGAUCAGAAUCCCAAUCAACAGGAGGAUUUUUUUCUUUAUUUGCAUUAAAAAAAAGGAGAAGAAAGAAGGAAAUCUGAGAUUUCACGGCCAUUUAUUUAAUAUUUUUUUUAAAAAAGAUUACGUAAAUAAAAAUCCUGAUGUAAAACGUUUUGGUCCUUGUUGGGACUCAGAAACAGCAAACUGUUUUUUUCCUUCUUCUAUUUUUCUUCUCGCAUUUUCUCGCAGGGACAUAUGAAAGUGGUAUUAUUUUUUUGUAAUAAUGACAAAUUCUGAAGCUUGAUCUGUGACUUUAUACAUUAUGUUUUUAUUGGCCGUGUGUCUCACCUUUAAUGAGCGAAUCCCAGCAGAAACUGGCCCAACGUCGGGUUUCCAGGCUUCCUGUCUUGUAAACUGGCUGAACUGGAAGAUUCUCAUUACCCUCCUCAAUAAAAACCACCUGAGGGGCAGUGAGGACUGAUGGACUGAUGGACUGAGGGACUGUUAGGCGCAUGUGCAGGGCAGGCGUUUGAAAAGUUGUUUUUGAGCAAAAGAAAGGCGAGAUAAUGAGCUGUCAACACAAAGGGAUGAAAGAGGUGCGUUUUGUUCAAGUCGAUCAUUAAGUGACACCAAAGACACAAAUUAACGGCUCAGUCAGUCAGGCUGGUUUGGUCACUCUGAGAGUUUAUCUUAGAUUUUAGUGAGAAGAGAAGCAAUAAUUCAUACAGAACAUACAGAACAUCACACACUUAUACUUUUACUUCUUUAUUUUCACUUCAUCUGCUAAUGAGAAAGCGAGAACCAAAGUCAAAGUUAAAACACCAAACAGCAGCUCACAUCUUCAGGUGUGCGCAGCUCGUUGGGCAGGUGAGCUGACGCCAAAGUCCGAGCUUCAGCUGAUCUGUGCGGCUGGACUAAGACCGGCUCCAGACUCGGGACUCGGACUGACGUGAGGCCUCUGUGAGUGACGGGAUUUCCUGAACCUGAAAAAAAGAGCGAAAGUCUUCCCGGAGGACGGCGAGACGGACAGCAGAGCCACAGCUGCGGCAGAAUGACAGGAAUGUGGAAGAGAAAGGAAGCUUUGUCUCUCAGACUUUGUCGUCCUCAGUGAUCCUCAUUUAUUUUAAUGGUCCAAUAAGACGGCUCCCCUCAAGCCCAACCAAGUUUAACAAAAAUCUUCCCAAUUAGUUUUAUCUAGUGAGCCCCUCAGCUGCCUGUGGACACUUUUUACAGUUUGAUAUGUUCUACUUAAAGAGGAAAUCCCAGUGUUCUUAACCCUGGGCCCUGUGAUUACAUACACUAUAUAGACAAAAGUAUUGGAACACCCGACCGUUACACCAGGCGGGUCUGUGAAGCCGUCACGCCGCGUCGUCUGUCUGGCUCCUCAAGUGCAUUUUAAAUGACACAAAAUGGUUUUGACCAAACUGAACAAAACCACACACACACACACACACGCACACACACACACACAGCUGCUUGUGUUUAGUCAGAAAAUGAAAGCAAUAAGAUGAAUUGUUGCUCAGACUGUCUGAAAUGUCUCGCUUCUUCUCUUGCAGCAAAAUCACGUGAAGGAAAGAAGCAAAGUGUGUUUUUAAGACAUUCAGAGCAGCUCUUUUCCACCAUCACGGAGCCUUUCAGGCCACUAAAGUAGAUUUCUGUUGUAUUCUCUGAUGAAGGAACGCUGGUGUACAUUUUAUGGAAAAACAAAAUCUGUGAAUAUGCAAAUUUGUUCUUGUUCUAACAAAUGAAGGAAAGUGAUUUAUUUUGAUAUUCGUAGAAUCUAGUCAUGGCAAUUAUUUAGCUGCCUCAGAAUUUGAUUAAAGAAGAAGUGAUCCUGCUUUCUGUUUUAUUUCUGUUGAAUCUUUAGUUUUUCCACAUAAUUUCAGCCGUGUGAUGAAUGAAGGAAGCUAAAUGCUGCACACUUUUGAAAACAUGUCACAAAUGGACUGCGAAAGCAAACCUGCGACUCUUUUUGUUCUUUACAUCUGAAUUGAAUUGUUUAAUUUUCUAUAUAAUGAAAGUAUGCUACAAAAAUCAAAACAAAUGAUUUUGUCUUUUAUUUUCCUAUUGUAUCUUUUUUUAAAGUGCGGAUGUAAUAACUCCUGUAAUGCGUUUAAAAAGUCUGGAAAUAGAGCUAAUCCUGAACUUCU